AUACUCACGCCACUCUGGUUGUCGUAUACACACGCACCCGUAACCUUCCCACCUCACUCUGCACUGUGCUGUCGUCGGAGCAGGACUGACCUUUCCAAGCCUCUGGUGUGAAGACCACGUUUACAAUGGCGGCGUUUCUGAGAUUGCUUUCUCUCUUCAUUCUGAGCAAAAUCACGACAGGGUUCCUGUUUACAAGACAGGUUUGCUAUCAACACAUCGGUUGUUUUAGUAACGCCAGACCUUUUCGCAAUGCAAAGGGAUAUCUACCAGAACCUCCGGACCAUAUUCAGACAAAUUUCUUGCUUUAUACGCGACAAAAUACCACGCAUGCAAAAUCCCUAGAUCCUUACAACAACGCAACUGUCACAGGAAGCCACUUCGAUAGCGCCAAGAAUACCAAAGUCAUUAUUCACGGUUAUCGAGAUAGCGGACAUUCACAUUGGAUGCAACAAAUGGUCCAAGUGUUUUUGAACACGGAGGACGUUAACGUGAUUGCGGUAGACUGGUCGUUAGGAGCUGACAACAUCAACUACAUUAAGUCGGCCGCUAAUACUCGCGUAGUGGGCGCCACAACAGCUAAACUUCUGGAGCAGCUCCAUCACACGACCGGGCUUUCUUACAGUCGUGUCCACUUAAUAGGGCACAGUCUUGGAUCCCAUAUAGCUGGGUACGCUGGGAGGCGUGUUCACGGCAUUGGGAGGAUCACAGGUCUAGAUCCUGCUGGCCCGCUUUUCGAGAACUUUGAUGCUCAAGUGAGACUGGACCCAACUGAUGCGUCUUUUGUGGACGUCAUUCAUAGCGAUUCUGACUCUCUUUCGAAACUAGGUUUUGGUUUGGACAAAGCGCUUGGGCAUGCCGAUUUUUAUCCCAAUGGCGGCGAGAAACAACCCGGAUGUUCACAGGAAGAUGUCAAUCAUUGGUUUUUCCUGAUAGCCCUGCAGAUUGAGCAAUUCACAGACACCGUUGCCUGUAGUCACAUGAGGGCAAUAGCCUUAUUCACGGAGUCCAUUCCGACAUCCGGAUGCUCGUUUACAGCAUACCCAUGCCAAAGCAAGGCAGACUAUGACGCCGGAAGAUGUCAUUCAUGUGACCAAGGGUGUUCCGAAAUGGGUUACCAUGCCGACAAGUAUAGUGCUCAUGGAAAAUUCUACUUGUCAACCACAGGAAGUCCGCCAUUUUGCCAAUGAAAGCACACUUUGUUUUAAACCUUUUAACAUUCGUUUUAAUAAAAAUUAAACAAUUA